AUGGCGAGCGACGGCGAGGGCGAGGGAAGGGCGAUGCGGUCGAACGGAUGGACGACGCGGAGCGAGGAGAGGAGCAAGAGAGAGAUCGAGGCGGGGGAGGGCGACGGCGCGGCGGCGGCGCCGACGCGGAACGUCCUCGUCGCGUUCACCGGGUCCGUCGCGUCGAUCAAGGCGGUCGAGAUGGUGACGAAGCUCAGGGCGAAAGGGUUCGCGGUCAAGGCGUGCUACACCUCGAGCGCGGCGCGUUUUUUCGACGCCGCGGAUCUUCCGCUCGACCCCGCCGACGUGCACGGCGACGACGACGAGUGGCGUCGAUGGAGCGGCAAAGGCGACCCGGUGCUCCACGUGGAGUUACGGCGGUGGGCGGACGUCUUCCUCGUCGCGCCGUUGAGCGCGAACACGCUCGCGAAGAUGGCGAACGGCUUGAGCGACAACCUCGUCGCGUGCGUGUUUCGAUGUUGGGACUUCACGGAUGAGCGCAAACGCGUGAUCGUCGCGCCGGCGAUGAACACGUGGAUGUACGAGUCGCCGUUCACGACGAAGCACCUCAACACGCUCGCGGCGUUGUGUAACAUGCGCCCGCCGGAGGGGCGGUAUCGGAACCCCGCGAUCGAGAUUCUGGAGCCGAUCGAGAAGACGCUCGCGUGCGGCGAGGUGGGCGACGGCGCGAUGCAAGAGGUGGACGACGUCGUAGACGCGGUGGAUCGAGCGCUUCUGCGGAUGCACCUCCGAGGGGAGGGCAUGGACACGCCGUUCGGGUUGGGCGGGGUGGAUAAGAUGGUGAACGGGCCGCCGCCGCCGGAGUACGCGUACCCGAUGAACAAAGGGCGGUGA